UUGCGUUAACUUGCGUUGUUGUUAUUCUUGAUGUCGUGACUUGCGACCGAAGUUGUUUUAUUUCUGAUUAAUAGUGACUAAAGUUCUUGUUCGUUUUAAUAUACUUGACUACAGCCCGAAAAAUGUUUACUUUUCUUACAAAAAACAGAAAUGAUUUCAUUUAUUUAUCAUUGUUGCUGUUUUGUAUAGGGGUAGGGCCGCGUUACCGAGCUUUGAAGUCAGUGCAGGCUAAGAAAUGGGCUGGCAGUAUACUUGGUUUACUGCUUAUAAUUAUUGUUUCUGGAUAUAGUGCUCUUCAUCCUAUUUUGUCCGCAUUAUUGGGAAUAAUCGCUAUAAAAACAGCGACCGUAAGAUACUGCCAUAUAGUUACUUUCUUUUUGAUGUUUGGAUAUCUAUUCUUCUUUCGCCUCGCUGAUAAAUUCGGCUUUCCACUAUCUUCAGGACAAACAAAUCUCAUUGAGAUGAUAAUAGUUCUCAGAGUAGUAGGAGUUGCAUUUGAAAUCAAUGGCUCCUGGCUGGCUAUAGCAAAAGCUAAAAAGGAGGAGAGCAAAGAGACAAAAGAAGAAAAAGUGAAAGAUGAUGACUUUCUGGAAAUAAUUAAUCCUGAUUUUCAGGAUUUAUUUCAUUAUUCUUUCAAUUAUAUUGGGCUUCUAACAGGCCCCUACUACAGAUACAGGACAUUUGAUGAUUACUUCCACCUGCCAUACAGCAAGUAUGUCGAUUGUUUUGGUUUUACCAUCAACACUAUGAGAAUGGUCCCUCUAUAUGUUUCACUGUACUUGGCUUUGUCUAACAUUUGGCCCCUAGAGUAUAUUUUAACAGAAGAUCAUAAUAAUAGAAACUUUGUGUACCGAAUGCUGUAUCCAUGGGCGUUGUUUGCGGCGUUUCGUCAGCGCAUUUACUCUGGGAUGACAUUGGCUGAGAGUGUGUGCACUUCAGCCGGUCUUGGAGCAUAUCCUGUCCAGGGCAAGAAUAGGACAGGCCAUGGACCUACUGUUGGAUAUUUAAAGUUGAAGCAAAUGUCAGAGGAAGAAGCAAAGAAUUCUCAAUAUGAUUUCAACACUGUUGAGUCAAUGGAUGUGUGGGGAUGUGAGACAGUGGUUACUUUAAGAGAUUCCAUGAAAGUAUGGAACAAGGCUGUGCAAUACUGGGUAGCCAUGGUGGUUUACAAGAGGUUCCCUAUAAAGCCUUUGAAGAUUCACGCAGCAUUGUUUGUGUCUGUAAUCUGGCACGGUUACCACGCUGGCUACUUCUUCUGCAUAUAUUUCUGUCCAUUCUAUGUAAUGGCUGAAGAUAUUUAUUACAAGCUCUACUAUAAAGAUGCUACAGGACAGAAAAAGAAAAUCCUCGGCUUCAUAAUGUGGUUCCUGCGUUCCCAUUCAGAGUCGUAUCAAGCUGCUGCAUUCCUUCUGCUCACAUUCGAUCGUAUUUGGAUAUACUAUUCAUCGGUAUAUCACUACUGGUAUGGUGUAUGGCUCGCUUUCCUUUUAGUAGGUAUGAUACUGAACAACUUACAUAGAAGUAAACGGCCCCGAAAAACAAAUAAUGAGAUUGAAACAAAGCAAAGUGUUGUAAGCAACUAAAUUAAUAUAUUAUGUAGUACCUUAGAUCGUGGUUAGCUCAACUCGAAUAUAAGUGUUAUGACAUAGUUUUUAACAAUUUUUACUGUCAAAGGUUGUUAGGAACGAAAUAAGAUCUUGAAUAUUCGAAUAUGUUGUUGUUCUCAGUUAUUUCAAUGACAUUUAUUUAUCUCAAUAGAUAACAUUUUUUAUUAUUCUCUUAUUGGUUAUAUUUAUAGCAGAGAUAUUUUUUUUUUCAUAUGUUUUACCUAUAUAAAUAGUAUGAAUGAGGAUUUAUUAUUGCUUCGUGAUUCGUUCAUAGUUAUUGCGAUGCACGUAAUCGGUGUAAAAUAAUUAUGGUUUUGUACUUUGUACCUUCUCAAGGAGUAAAGCCUUCUAGGUCUUUACGCCAUUAUUCUCCGAGCAAGCAAAAUCGCAUACUUGGAAUAUCUCGAUUAGAAAUUAUAUUUUGUUAUUAUUUAGAUAUUUUAUGUCUCUUAAAAAACCCGUUCUUUUAUUCAAUAUAGCAAGCUGUUAUAAUCUAGUAACAA